AUGGUCUCGACCGCGUCGCGGUCGCAGCACCUGCGGCUGGCGCUGCAGCACGGCGCGGACGUGAGCAUGAGCGUGCGCGAGCUGGACGCGCUGCUUGCGCUGCUGGCGGAGAAGCGGCGCAAGGCGGAACAGGAGGAGGCGGAGAUGAACAUGGAUAUCCUCCUCGACUUUUUGCAACGGUCGCGGCAGAAGAAACAGGCGGAAUUAGACGAGGUUCGUACUGUAGCGAGAGCUCCGCAGGCGCGCACAGCAGCACAUGCGUGCAGUCCGCUCAUCCUCUUUCCCCCUUGUCUCUCCCGCCGUCCGCGGUUCCCUCCCCAUUUCCAGCUCCGCGCGGACCUUCUGUUCAUCCGCGAGGACAUAGCGGCGGUGGAGCAGCGGCGGCGCGCGCUGCAGCAGAUGCGCGAGCAGUCCGCCGCCGCCAUCCACGCGCUGCUCUUCCGCGGAGGCGCGUCUUCCGCGGGCGCGGGGGGGGACGAAACGGGGUUCGGAUCCGGGGGACUGGCGGGGCUGAAGGCGGGCGUGGGGGGAGGGCUAGCGGGGAGCAAGCGGAGGGGGGGACCCGCACUCGCGCACCACCUGCAGCAGACCGCACAGAAGAUGCGCAUUCAGGGGGAUGGCCGGGGGAUAGGCGGAGGGGGAGUGGGGGCGGUGAAGGAGGAGGCGGAGGGGGAGGGGGGCGGGGAAGGCGGAGGGCUGGUCGCGUGUGGGCCGUCGGAUAUUGCCAUGUCCGCAUCAACGGUUGCCAAGAAGCGACGAGUUUUUUCCCAUUUCGACGACCUGCAGGAGUGCUACCUGCACCACCGCCGCCAGGCAGCCCAUGCUGCCAAGCCCGCAGGAGCAGCACCGGCAGCAGCAGAGGCGGGCAGGCGCGGCGACACAGAGGGCGGGGCGGUGGGGCAGGUGGAUCUGGGGAUGGGUCUGGAGGAUUUUCGGAACGUGCUGGCGGCGUUCACGCGGUUCAGCCGAGUGAAGGUGGUGGCGGAGUUGAGACAGGGCGACCUCUUCCACUCUUCAAAUAUCGUUUCCAGCAUCGAGUUCGACCGCGACGACGAGUUCUUUGCGACCGCGGGCGUGUCCAGGCGAAUCAAAGUGUUCAACUUCUCGCAGGUGGUGGGCGAGUUGGCGGAUGUGCACUGCCCAGUCGUGGAAAUGCCCACUCGAUCCAAGCUCAGCUGUCUCUCCUGGAACCCCUACCUCAAGGCGCACAUCGCCAGCAGUGACUACGAGGGCAUUGUGACGGUGUGGGACGUGGGCACGGGGCAGAGCCUUCUGGAGUAUGAGGAGCACGAGAAGCGCGCCUGGUCGGUUGACUUUGCACGGACGGAACCGACCAGAUUGGUGUCCGGGAGCGACGAUGGGAAGGUGAAGAUCUGGUGCACGAGGCAGGAGAGCAGCGUUCUCAACAUCGACAUGAAGGCCAACAUCUGCUGUGUCAAGUUCAACCCCGGUUCCGCCAACUUCAUUGCGGUUGGAUCAGCGGACCAUCAGAUUCACUACUACGACAUCAGAGCGCCAGCACUGCCACUCCACGUGUUCUCCGGCCAUCGCAAGGCUGUGAGCUACGUCAAGUUCCUCUCGCCCUCGCAGCUCGCCUCUGCCUCUACCGACAGCACUCUCAGGCUCUGGGACGUUCACUCUCACGCAGCGAUCCGCACGCUGAGGGGCCACACCAACGAGAAGAACUUUGUGGGCCUGUCGGUCAACAGUGACUAUAUCGCGUGUGGCUCUGAGACGAAUGAAGUGUACAUCUACUAUAAGGCCAUGUCUAAGCCCUUGGCAGUACACCGAUUCACCAACUCGGACCCUUUUAACGGGGAAGACAGUGAUGAGGAUACAGCACACUUCAUCUCUGCUGUUUGCUGGAAGGGCGGAGGGGGAGAGGCAGGUGGAGCAGGGGCAGGUGGGGAAGGGGGCGGCGGGCAGCAGCAGGAGGCAACGAUGCUAGCAGCAAACAGCCAAGGGACUAUCAAGGUGCUGUCUCUGGCGCCUUAG